AAAGCACAGAGGGAUAGAACGAUAGACAUUAGACAGACAGACAGACGGAUAGGUCCAGUGCAAGCAAGCGAGCCGCGAGCGCACAUCGUCGUACGUCAUCCAGGGAGGCUCACCGAUGCGAUGCCGGUCCACGUGGCGCUCCUCGCCGCGCCGGCGGUGGCGGCCGGGUUCCUGCGCGCGUUCCAGUUCGCGUUCCUGCUGUGGCCCUUCAACCUGGCGCUGCCGCUGGCGCGCCACCUGCCGCGGGCGUGCGUCGCGCUCCGCGGCCUCGCGUCCUUCUACGACGCCGAGCUGCGGCGCUACGCGGCCGCCGGCGCCGGGCCCGUCCCGCCGCGGAGCCACCGGUACGCCUCGCUCCGCGCCGUGCAGGGGACGCGCGAGGAUGCCGCCGUCGCGCGUGCUAUGGCCUUGCUCGUCGACAUCUCCUACUGACGCGGCUUGCUUCCAUUCCCACUCCGCGCGCACUACGUACCGGGCGAUCAGAUCAGUCGCGUGCGUUCUCGCUACAUCCGACCUGAGUAUAUUCCUCCGAAUUUUAGCCUUAGGAGUGUGAGAGUGAAAUUCACUGGGGGUCAUCAGACUUGUCCUGCGUUCUCAUGUACUCCUAAAACCAGAUUUAAAGUAAGCCAGGCUUUAAA